GGUCUGGCAUCCCUAGGCAAGUGCUCCUGAGGAGCCUCUUGGAGACGUGCUUGCUUUUAUUCUGGCGUGGAGGGAAGAGGAGAGGAGAACUUCAGCUGCUGGAGCCACUUUGGGGCUUUGUGGAUAUCGUGAGGGUGUGAGCGUGGCGGUCGGAGAGAGGAGCGAAGGUGUGGGGUGGGUGAAGGUCACUGGGCAGCACUUUGGGAGAGCUGCUUUCAGCCCAGAGCCUGUUCUGGUGAGCUGAGGGUGAGCAGGACACCACAUUGAGGCAGCUGCUGGUCCUCUGCCUCCCACCACCCUGGGGCCAAGUGGGAGUUCUUCUUGGAGAAGGCGUCUGACUGCGUGAGAAGGCGAGCAGGUCCGGGCUGUGGAGGGUGAGGGCUGCUGCAUGGGAGUGUGCCUUGUGGGGACUUCAAUAUAUGUGUGCAAACGAGAUUUGCAAACAAAACUAACUUUUCUGUAUGAGCCAGGCUGUUGAUGAUCAUGGGGAAUGGCCUCUUUGCAAACUGCUGCAGGCAGGUGACCGAUCUCCUCUUCCAGACACGCAGCUGUAACUCACCCGAUGAGCGCUCACCCCUCUUACCAAAGCCUCCCCCGAGCAGCUGCCCUGAGGUGCCAGAAGCUGCCCAGUGUGCUGGGCCAUAUCCAGACAUCAUCCCCAGCAAGGCAGCGACUGGAAGCCUGCAGAAAUGCACCAAAUACAUCCAAGACCUGUCUGAGACCAACAGCAAAGAAGAAAUGGUUCCAGACUGUGAAAAGAGCUAUGUGGGACCCGGCACUGUCACUGCUGGCCCACCCCAGCAGGCAGAGGCAUCUCGUGGGGUGGCUGUCCUUCCAGCCGACCUUGGAGAAGGGCCGGCGAGGCUGGUUGAUCAUGCUCAGUCGCUUGAGGCCCGCCAGAGCUGUGUGAAACCUGAGGACAGCAGCUCAGCCCAUAGAUCCUGCCACUGGGAGAAGCACGUGGCAGCAGCUGAUGGGGGGGAUGCAGCCCCACCACACACUGGACGGGGCCACAGUGAGGGACAAGCAGCCUUGAGGUUAGACAGAGCCCAAAUGGGUCUGGACAGUGUGCCAGAACACAGAGGUGUUGCUCCUUCCCCAGGGAGGCCUGGAACACUUUCCUCUGCUCUGCCAGCAAGUGUGGGGAAAACGCCAACAGCCCCACGGACAGUCGUACUGCCUUGCGAGGUGUCAUCAAAGGCACGAGACACAAGUACUGGUUUGGUUGUGAUGGGCCCUGCUGCCUGCCCCAGCACCUCUAAUCCUGACUCUCAGGUGCAGACACUGCCCUCAAAGCAGCAGAAGAAGAAGAGGAAGAAAAAGAAGCUCACACUUCUAGAGCACCCGCCCGGGCUGGCACUGAUGAAUGGCAGCGGCCCACACGAGAGCCUGAGGGGCGAGAAGGACGCCAGGCAGAACGGCCACGAGGAGGCUGACCCGGGAGAGGAUGGGAAUGACCAGGAGGUCAUUGUCAUACAGGACACGGGAUUCACCGUCAAGAUCUAUGCUCCAGGGGUAGAGCCCUUUUCCCUGCAGGUCUCUCCUCAAGAGAUGGUGCAAGAAAUCCACCAAGUUUUGAUGGACCGUGAGGAUACCUGCCAUCGGACGUGCUUCUCUCUGCAGCUGGAUGGCAAUGUCCUCGAUAACUUUGCUGAGCUCAAAACUAUUGAAGGACUGCAGGAGGGCUCGCUGCUGAAAGUGGUGGAAGAGCCAUACACAGUGCGAGAAGCCAGGAUACACGUGCGUCACAUUCGGGACCUUCUGAAGAGUCUUGACCCCUCAGAUGCUUUCAAUGGUGUGGACUGUAAUUCAUUGUCCUUCCUGAGUGUCUUCACUGAAGGAGACCUGGGAGACAGUGGAAAACGAAAGAAGAAAGGUACUGAAAUGGAUCAAAUUGACUGCACCCCUCCUGAACAUAUCCUGCCAGGUAGCAAAGAGAGGCCCCUGUGUGCCCUCCAGCCCCAGAACAGAGACUGGAAGCCCUUGCAGUGCCUAAAGGUACUUACCAUGAGUGGCUGGAACCCUCCUCCUGGGAACCGCAAGAUGCACGGGGACCUGAUGUACCUGUACGUCAUCACCGUGGAGGAUCGGCACGUCAGCAUCACUGCAUCCACCCGAGGCUUCUACUUGAACCAAUCUACUGCAUACAACUUCAAUCCCAAACCUGCAAACCCCAGCUUUCUCAGUCAUUCCUUGGUGGAACUACUUAACCAGAUCAGCCCUACCUUCAAAAAAAACUUCUCUGCUCUGCAGAAGAAACGGGUUCAGAGACACCCUUUUGAAAGGAUAGCCACUCCUUUCCAAGUGUACAGCUGGACAGCUCCACAAGCAGAGCAUGCCAUGGACUGUGUCCGGGCAGAAGAUGCCUACACUUCUCGACUGGGCUAUGAAGAGCACAUCCCUGGACAGACCAGAGACUGGAAUGAGGAGCUGCAGACCACACGAGAGCUGCCACGCAAGAACCUGCCCGAGAGGCUGCUGAGAGAACGAGCCAUUUUCAAGGUUCACAGCGACUUCACUGCAGCAGCGACGAGAGGUGCCAUGGCUGUCAUUGAUGGCAAUGUCAUGGCCAUCAACCCCAGUGAAGAGACCAAGAUGCAGAUGUUCAUCUGGAACAACAUUUUCUUCAGCCUGGGCUUUGAUGUCCGUGACCACUACAAGGACUUCGGUGGAGAUGUUGCUGCUUAUGUAGCUCCUACCAAUGACCUCAACGGUGUGCGGACCUAUAAUGCUGUGGAUGUGGAAGGGCUGUACACUCUGGGGACUGUGGUGGUGGAUUACAGAGGUUACAGGGUGACAGCUCAGUCCAUUAUUCCUGGCAUUUUGGAACGGGAGCAGGAACAGAGUGUCAUCUAUGGGUCAAUAGACUUUGGCAAGACAGUUGUCUCACACCCCAAGUACCUGGAGCUGCUGGAGAAGACCAGCAGGCCACUUAAGAUCCAGAAGCACAAAGUCCUCAAUGACAAGAACGAGGAGGUGGAGCUGUGCUCCUCAGUGGAAUGCAAAGGCAUUAUUGGCAACGAUGGGCGUCACUACAUCCUGGACCUGCUCCGCACUUUCCCUCCAGACCUAAACUUCCUGCCUGUUGAAGGGGAGGAGAUGCCAGAGGAAUGUAAGAAAAUGGGGUUCCCCAAGCAGCACAGACACAAACUUUGCUGUCUCCGGCAAGAACUUGUCGAUGCCUUUGUAGAACACAGGUACCUGUUAUUCAUGAAGCUGGCUGCACUGCAGCUGAUGCAGCAGAAAGCCAACAAACAGGAGAGCUCAGGAGGGCUGGGAAACGGUGCCUGUGCGGAGAACGGCGCCACAGAGAGCGGGAGGCCUGAGGCAGAGGAUGGUAAAAUAGAUGACACUGUGACUGGACUUGAUCAGGUGAAAGAGCUCGCUGAGACCAUCGCCUCUGAUGAUGGAGCAGUGGAUCCCAAAAGCAGAGAAGUGAUUCGAAAUGCUUGCAAGGCUGUAGGCUCCAUUAGUGACACAUCGUUUGAUAUUCGGUUUAACCCAGAUAUUUUCUCACCAGGAGUUCGUUUUCCUGAGUCAAGCAAAGAGGAGGUGCAGGAUCAGAAGCAGUUGCUGAAGGAUGCUGCUGCCUUCUUGCUGUCAUGCCAGAUCCCAGGUUUGGUCAAGGACUGCCUGGACCACACAGUUCUCCCAAUGGAUGGGGCCACCUUGGCAGAGGCCAUGCAUCAGAGGGGCAUCAACAUGCGUUACCUGGGUAAAGUCAUCAACUUCAUCACCAAGACCCCUGGGCGUGCUCAGCUGGAUCACAUUUUUAAAAUAGGAAUCAGUGAAUUGAUCACUCGAUCCGCUAAACACAUCUUCAAGACGUACCUCCAGGGUGUGGAGCUGUCGGGUUUGUCAGCAGCCAUCAGUCACUUCCUCAAUUGCUUUCUAAGCUCCUUUCCAAAUCCCAUUGCCCAUCUUCCAGCUGAUGAGCUGGUCUCCAAGAAAAAGAAUAAGAAAAGGAAAAACAGGAACCUUGGAAAUGCUGAUAACACUGCAUGGGCCAGCAUGACCCCUCAGGAGCUCUGGAAGAAUAUUUGUUCAGAAGCAAAGAACUACUUUGAUUUUAGUCUUGAAUGUGAGAAUGCUGACCAAGCAGCUGAAGUGUAUAAUCUACAGAAAAUCACCCUGCUUCGUGAAAUCUCCCUCAAAACUGGAGUCCAAAUCCUGCUGAAAGAGUACAACUUUGACAACAGGCACAAGCCUACCUUCACAGAAGAGGAUAUCCUCAACAUCUUCCCUGUUGUGAAGCACGUGAACCCCAAAGCCUCAGAUGCUUUCCACUUCUUCCAAAGCGGGCAAGCAAAGGUUCAGCAAGGUUUCUUGAAGGAGGGCUGUGAGCUCAUCAAUGAAGCCUUAAACUUGUUCAACAAUGUGUAUGGUGCUAUGCAUGUAGAAAUCUGUGCCUGCCUGAGGCUGCUAGCUCGUCUCAACUACAUCAUGGGGGAUUAUUCAGAGGCCUUAAGUAAUCAGCAGAAGGCGGUGCUAAUGAGUGAGAGGGUCCUGGGUAUUGAACACCCCAACACGAUUCAAGAAUACAUGCACCUUGCUCUGUACUGCUUUGCGAACAGCCAGCUCUCCACGGCACUGAACUUACUGUACCGUGCACGCUACCUCAUGCUCCUGGUAUUUGGGGAGGAUCACCCAGAAAUGGCACUCUUAGAUAAUAACAUUGGCUUGGUGCUCCACGGGGUUAUGGAGUAUGACCUGUCCCUCCGGUUCCUGGAGAACGCGCUGGCCAUCAGCUCCAAGUAUCACGGCUCCAAGUCGUUGAAAGUUGCACUAAGCCAUCACUUGGUAGCCCGAGUGUACGAGAGCAAAGCAGAAUUCCGGUCAGCUCUGCAGCAUGAGAAGGAAGGCUACACCAUCUACAAAAACCAGCUCGGAGAACACCAUGAGAAGACCAAAGAAAGCUCUGAGUACUUGAAAUACCUGACUCAGCAGGCAGUUGCUCUUCAACGCACAAUGAACGAGAUCUACAAGAAUGGCUCCAAUGCCAACAUCAUGCCACUGAAGUUCACGGCUCCCAGUAUGGCCAGUGUCCUGGAGCAGCUCAACAUUAUUAAUGGAAUUCUCUUCAUUCCACUAAGCCAAAAAGACUUGGAGAACCUUAAAGCAGAGGUGCAGCGACGCCAGCAGCUCCAAGAAAGCAUAAAAAGUGGUGAACAGCUGGAACCAGAGGACAAAGCUGUGGAGGAGAAAGAGGCUGAGCCAAGCAUGCCUUCUGCUGAGAUCCCCUUAACACAGAGCUCUGCUUAAUGUGUACCUCGCUUAAAAAAAAAAAAAAAAGAAAAAAAGAAAAAAAAAAGUUUAAGCCACCCUUUUCUGAAUCUGACCCAGGGUCUCGGACUCCCCUGGAGCAGCUCCUCCUUUUUUGACAAUGUUAUUGCACUGGUACAAUUAAUACACAAUGCAAAGAACUAAUCUGAGAAAUGUAAUGUGUCUGCCUGAGCUUGUGUCUGCCAUGCAAGGGAAGGUGGCCGGGAGCAGCCACAGCCCCGUGCUGGGAGCUGUGGGGUGUGUGUGUCUGUGCUGUGUGUGUACCCAUCGCCUCACCCCAUUCUACUUUGUACAUAUGAAUUCCAAACGGACUGUCUGGAGGUUUGUAACAUUUCUCAGGUCAUUUUUAUGUUGACUAAGGACACUGCUUUGCUAAACCAGUACACAGCCAGCCCCAUCCACUGCUCCAUGGUCUUGUGAAACAUGGAUUCCAAGCCAAAAGAUUUAUUUCCCCAGUCAUUGUCCCCGUUUGUGCUAAGAAGGCAGCAGCCACAUCUGCACUGCUCAGCUGCCUGAAGCCUGCAAUACCUGUGUGCUGGGGGUAUGCAGCCUUUUCUACAGCAGGAUAUAGCCAUUGGAUUCCUUUAACCAUUUUUUCUACUUUUGGUUGGCAGUUUGGCAAUUCAGUGGGGUUUUGUAACAUUCACAUUCUAAGUUUCAAGGUAAAAAUAUAGAUAGAGAUAUAUACGAUACUCACAGUUCAACCUCUGCUCUGCUUGCAGCUGAGUAACAUAGGAUACUGUAUCCAAAGAGUGAGGGAUUGAUGUCUGAAAAAAAAAGAAAAAUGCGCACAAACUUCCAUUGCAAUGGAAACACCAGUGCCUAGGAGAGGGUGGGAGAGGCACCAAAGGGACUGAACUGAGAUGAUUUAGCAGGAACUACUGGCCCUGUUAUAAGAGGGAGGGAGAGGGGAGAAGUCAGACACUGGGACUGUGCUACUCGCUGUAACACAGAGCUGAUGGGACUGUAACCUGAUGGGCAGGUUGACCCCUAUGGGAAUCUGGAGCUUCCCACAACCUGGCAUUCGUGGGGAGGGGUUUAAAUGAAAUCUGAGGCUAAGGCCUGCUUAACUUAACAUUUUUGCACACUGCUUUUGAGAUUGUUGCCAGGGGAGCUUCCAUUGCUGGCAAUGGAUCUUACUGAAAGGGCAGAUGCCACUGACCACAUCCUGGUGUCCCCUCCCUGUCACACCUGUCCUGUGGUGGCUGCAGGUGCCCAGUGCCUGCUCCCCUGGCAGGUCAGAGGUGGCCUCUGCAGCUGCAGACUGCCGACAGAGCUGAAUGUCCUUUUUUGCAACCACUGAGCUGUAGAACAACCUGUGGCUGCUGGUCCCCAGCUGCCCUGUGCUGGCAGAGGAGUCCCAGCUCCUCCUCUCCCUCCGUGCUGCCUGUCAUGGAUGGUCCCUGUGCUUGCUUCUUAACUGUGCUGGAGAACCAGUGCUGUCACUGUGCUCUGUACCCUUGGUUCCUGUACCACAUUGCAGGGAUUUGUAACUCUUGGGGAGGGGGGGACGGGAAGGGGCAGCAGCCUCCCAGUUGUGAGAGGCCACAAAGCAGGAGCAGUCUUUACUGCAAAAGAACUUGCUCCUAUUAGAAAAAUUCUGAAUUUCCUGGAAAGCAAUCAAUAAAUGACUACAGUGCA